ACAGAUUAAUGGCAAUCUAUGUGAAAAAUCCGACCCCAUCUGAGAUCAUCUUCCAUUCGGUGCUGCAAUACAUAAGUGGUGUCACAUAUUAUUUAAGCGCAACCAUUAAUCCGAUCCUUUACUCGAUUAUGUCUCUCAAGUUUCGUCAGGCAUUCAAAGACACAUUCAUGAGGUGUUGUGGAGGCGAACAGAGAAGCGCUAACAGAAUGGGUAAGUUUGUCGGUUCCACUUCCUCUUACACACAGAUCAGAGUCAACGGCACUUAUAAGACAACCCUCAGCCGCGCCACCGAUGUGUCCCAUUUGCCGUCAGACACGGCUAACGGAUAUCAUAUGCCAAACGGCAUAAGACAUACACACCCAGAGAUCUCUCAAUUCAUACCACUUUCGCAUAUCGAUGAGACACAAGAGUUU